AGUACUAUUUAUUUAAAUCAUGUCGACCCAGCUUUUAUCUCAUUAGUGAAACUACGUCCAUCUAUCACAUUUAAAUUAACAGUUAGCCGGUUAGCUGCAGAGGUGCUAACGCCACCCACAACACAACCCUGCUAACGUUAGCGUGGCAAAGUAAUAGUGAAUCACCAACUGUUUAUGUUAAAAAAUGAUUGAAUCUGCGAGUUACCUUUGUUACCGCUAUUAUUUAGUACGAAGUGAAGCUACACAGUGAAGUCAAUGCAUUUACAGAUGUCAUAAUUCAAUAAUUCAGCACUCGAAAAGCAUCUUCGACACUUAACGCUGCCACUGUGAGAGGAUCGCCAAUUUUAACUUAGUAGAAGUGUUUUCCCAGGAGAGCAGCAGACAUGGAGUCCAGUGAGGAGGGGGGCCUCAGUGUUGGGGGCUCCAUGGGAGAGGAGAACUACUUCUUGGGAUACACCUUCACCGACCGCUCCCAUUCCAGCAGGGUGGUGAAGAGCAUCAUGGACCUGUGCCUGGAGGAUGGCCUGUUUGCUGAUGUUACCAUCACCGUUGACAGCAAAGAAUUUCACCUACACCGACUUGUUCUCUCAGCACAGAGCAGCUUCUUUCGCUCCAUGUUCACCUCCAAUCUUAAAGAGUCCCACAACCGUGCUAUUGAGCUGAAAGAUGUCAGUGCUACUGUUUUUCAGUUGCUCAUAGACUACAUUUACCAUGGUACCAUUAAGCUGAGGGUAGAAGAGCUGCAAGACACCUAUGAGAUGGCAGACAUGUACCAGCUGACUGCGCUGUUUGAGGAGUGCUCCCGUUUCCUCUCACGGACUGUGGAGGUCAAAAAUUGCCUGCAGGUGAUGUGGCUUGCAGACAGACACAGUGACCAGGAGUUGUACACUGCAGCCAAGCACUGUGCUAAAAUCCACUUGGCUCAACUGCAUCAGACAGAGGAAUUUGUUAAUCUACCUCUCUGUCUGCUUCUGGACAUCAUCAAAGAUGGUGUUCCAAGCUCCCAGAAUCCAACAGUGGCCAUUGAGUCAUGGAUAAACCACAACAAAGUGGAGAGAGAAGAGUUUUCUUGCAUCCUUCAAGAAAAUCUUAAGGAAAUUGGUGAGAAUGUACAUAUCUAUCUAAUUGGUAAAGAGGAAACGCGAACACAUUCUCUUGCUGUGUCACUACACUGUGAUGAGGAUGAUGCGAUCAGUGUUAGUGGCCAGAACAGUUUAUGUCAUCAGAUCACUGCAGCCUGUAAGCAUGGAGGGGACCUGUAUGUGGUUGGAGGGUCGAUCCCCCGCCGUAUGUGGAAGUGCAACAUGCACACGAUGGACUGGGAGCGCUGUGCCCCACUGCCCAGAGACCGCCUCCACCACACCAUGGUCUCUGUCUACACUGAGGACGCUAUCUACUCACUAGGUGGUAAGACGUUACAGGACACCCUCUCCAAUGCUGUCAUUUACUACACAGUCAAGGACAACAUGUGGACAGAAACUAGCCAGCUGGACACUGCAGUGUCUGGUGCUGCUGGUGUGAACCUGGGUGGAACCAUCUACCUGCUUGGUGGGGAGGAGAAUGAUAUGGAUUUUUUUACGAAGCCAUCCCGACUCAUUCAGUGCUUCGACACCUCCUCGCAGAAGUGCCAGAUCAAACCAUACAUGCUGCCAUUUGCAGGGUGUAUGCACGCUGCAGUCCACAUGGAUGUGAUCUUCAUUGUAGCAGAAGGAGACUCCUUAGUUUGCUACAACCCUCUCCUGGAGAGUUUCACCCGCCUGCGCUUCCCUGAGGUGUGGAGCUGCGUUCCUUCCCUGUGGAAGGUGGCUAGUUGUAAUGGCUGCAUAUAUGUCUUCAGGGACAAAUGUAAGAAAGGUGAUGCAAACACAUUAAAGUUUAACCCUGCCACAUCUGUCGUCUCUGUUAUCAGAGGAAUAAAAAUCCUCCUCACAAACUGGCAGUUUGUUUUAGCCUAAAAUAUCCUAUGGAUGUCAAAACACUCGCCACAGAGAGAAUCAGGGAAGACUGUUGGAUAAAUCACUAUGACUUCACUGUUUAGACAUCUAAGAGGAUAUCUGUUCUAAAUGUAUUUACUCAGCUGGUUUCUGUGUCAUUCAUUCCAUUCUGACUUCACCACCAGACCAGUAGAAACCUUAGAGCUGUGUGUUGUACUACAGUGUGUCAUUGUGGAUCUCUUAGCUGAGAAGUUAAACAGUUUGUGGUGAUGCUGUAAUCAGUGAAUUAAUCAACUUUGUUUCCUGUGCACUGCUUGUUUAAUGAGACGCACGAACAGCUUCAGUGUUUAAAAAAAAAAAAAAAACACUUGACAUAAACCAUCCUUCAAUAUAUGAGAAGUAAAUAAGUGUAACAUGAUGUUGUAAGUUAAAUACCCUCAAAUCUCAGAUUUUAAGUCAGUGCUUA